AUGUCUUCGGAUAGCUUCCCUCACUUUGGUACCGCUGCUCUACAUAUCGGACAAGAGCCAGAACAAUGGGAUAUGAAUCAGGUAGUUCCUCCGAUCUCAUUGUCUACUACCUACAAACAAGAUAGACCCGGUGAACCGAAAGGACAUGAUUACUCGAGAGCGGGAAAUCCUUCAAGAGAUGUUUUGCAAAAAUGUCUCGCAUCCCUCGAAGAUGGCAAACACUGCCAUGUGUUUGCGUCUGGACUAGCUGCUUCAAUGGCCGUUAUUAAUAUGAUGCGUGCUGGUGAUCACAUUAUUUGCUCUGAUGAUGUUUAUGGAGGAACUCAGCGAUUUAUACGUCGAGUCUCAGUACCUCAACAUGGAAUUCAAGCCGAUUUUGUUGAUCUUACUAAUAUAGAGCUUUUAGAGCAAGCUUUCAAACCAAAUACGAAGUUGAUUUGGUUCGAAACACCUUCCAAUCCACUCCUGAAGGUUGUUGACGUUGCAGCUGUUGUUCACUGUGUUAAGAAGGUCAACCCAAACAUCUUAGUCGUUGUGGAUAAUACGUUCAUGAGUCCAUACUUCCAGCGACCCUUGUCAAUGGGCGCCGACAUUGUUGUACAUUCCAUAACUAAAUACAUAAAUGGCCAUUCUGAUGUUGUAAUGGGAGCUGUUAUUACCGAUAAUGAUGAAAUUCAACAGCAUUUAUUCUUCCAACAGUUAGCUGUUGGUGCUGUACCUUCUGCUUUCGAUUGCUUCCUUGUGAAUCGGGGAUUGAAAACAUUGCAUUUGAGAAUGCGAGCUCACUAUCAAAAUGCGUUGGCGGUUGCUCAGUAUUUGGAGAACAAUGAACGAGUAGAAAGUGUGUUAUACCCUGCCUUACCUUCGCACCCGCAACACAAAAUUCACGUGAGUCAAACAAAGGGAAUGUCAGGCAUGAUGUCAUUUUACUUGAAAGGUGGAUUAGAGGAAAGUCGAACAUUCCUCAGCGCUCUAAAGAUUUUCACCCUAGCCGAAUCUCUUGGAGGAUAUGAAUCACUAGCUGAGUUGCCGUCAAUAAUGACGCAUGCUUCUGUCCCUCCAGAGGAGCGAGCAAAGCUUCGCAUAACUGACAAUCUCAUUCGGCUAUCGGUCGGAAUUGAGGAUCUCGAUGACCUCAUCGCUGAUUUGGACCAAGCCCUGAAAGCUGCGGUAAGGUUCAACUUUCGUUAG